UAUUCUACCACAAGAAAGCCAAAUUUGGGGUUCUUUAUACUGCUGACUGCAACCUUGUACAGGUUUCUCAGAGCUUGCUGAAAAAGACUUUGGUUCUUUUAUACCUUUAAAAGAGACUACAAGACUCUCCUCAGCAGGAUUUAAGAUUUUCCUGGACACUUCUCCCCUUGCCCCCACAAGAUGAUCGACCUAAGCUUCCUAACGGAGGAGGAGCAAGAGGCAAUAAUGAAGGUGCUUCAACGGGAUGCAGAGCUCAAAAGAGCUGAAGAAGAGAGAGUCAGACAUUUACCAGAAAAAAUCAAAGACGAUGUCCAGCUAAAGAACAUGAGUGGACAGUGGUUUUAUGAAGCAAAGUCAAAGAGGCACCGAGACAAGAUCCAUGGAGCAGAUAUUAUCAGAGCUUCCAUGCGGAGGAAGCCCACCACAAUUGCUGAAGUGAGUCAGAACAAAUCAAACAAAGCAAAGAACAGCUGGGUGAGCAAUGUCAACAAAGAAGUCUUUGUACAACCAAAACUAUAUGAUGUUGUGGAACAUCAGGAAGAAGAAAUGAAAUCUAGUUCAAGUUCUAAAACAACAGCCUCUGUGUUAGACAAACCACAGAGACAAUCUGGGAAGGCAACAGUCUCGCCAGUAAAGCAAAGGAGAAAUCCAUUUAAUUCAACUUCAUCAGGUGAGAACCCAAACAGUGGAGAAUCAGAAAAUGAACCAGUCAGUCUACCUCAGUUGUCAAAGAAGGAAAUGCUGUCACCUUCAAAAGAGAACCAACCUAAAGCAAACUUACUAAACAACGAAAUGGAGAAGCCUAAGAAGUCUUGUGUAGAACCUACUAAUCAAUCACAGAGAAGUCCAGUUAAGCCUCCUGUCCCAAAAGCUAGAAAAUUAAUUCAGAAAGCCACAGAUCCGAUGUCACAAAGAGAACACGUUGUUCCAGAACCAGCUAAAAGGACUGGCAGGGUUAAUGGUGCACCAGCUAGGGGCAUUCUGAAGCGCAGUUCAAGUUCAAGCUCCACAGAUUCUGAAGUUCUUCGUGUUAAUCAGAUGUUUGAUGCUCAGACUAAGAGUGGUCUUCCUACUUCAACUAUUUUUGAAGGAGAAGCUGAGAAGAGCUCUCCUCUGGAAGUGGAAGAUUCCUCACAAAUUUCACUGGAAAGACUAAAACAAGUCAGGUUCUCUUCUAGCAUAGGUGAAGGAGAAUCUCCACAAAGCCCACAACUACAUCAUGGCAGAGAAAUAGGGGAGUUUGAUUUGUUAGAAACUGAUGAAGUGAAGGGUAGUGAAAACGAUGUUAUUAGUUCAGAUUCACUUGUGAAAAAACAAAUCUCUGCUGUAAAACCUUUGGGCAUUUAUUCAUCAACUUUACAAGUAAAUGAAAUAAAUGCUUUACAAGAAGAUACCUCAGCAUCCAGUCCUCCUGACAGUAAUAGGUCAGUCUUCCUGGCUAGUGAAACCUUGCAGACAAAGAUAGUGCCUUCCAAGAAACCUGAAACUCCAGAGAAGCCUUCCAGCACUGUUCCAGCAAAUAACAACAAAGAACUGAUCGUUGAUGAGAUGCGUGAAAAUAAAUCAGAGCAAUUCUUAAGCAAUGAACCAAAGUCACUAAAAAGCUUUCCUGACCGACAUCUGCUUUCUGCUGAGACAGAAGCACGUGAGGUGUCAAAUAGUGAUUCUGCAGGUCUUCAACAAGGUAAGCCUGAGCUUGUUGAGGAACAAGAUGCUGAAAACACUUGCAAGCCUGACAAACCAGCUGCUGAACUUGUGGAAGCAUCUGAUGAGCCCAUGUCAAAAAUAUUAGAUUGGUUUAAAAGAAGUUCUGGUUCUGGGGAUAGGAAACCUAAACUGGCCAGCUUGCAAGGCAGGAAACCCAAAGAGGAUAUGGACUUCUCAAGCAGAAAAGCAGUUCUUGCUACAGAUCAUAGUGGGCCUUACAUGGAUGGAAAAACCCAAGUUACAGAAGAGUCACUGUUUGGAAAGACUGAAAAAAUGAAGAGUGUUUCUCCUCCUUGGAGAAGAGACGCAGCUCUUCUCCAAAGAGAAGACACACAGCUGAUAAGAGAGAAGAAGAAACCUAAGCAAGGGGAAAGGAAUGAUAAAGAGAGUGAGGAAUCACUAACUGGAUUUGUCUGUAGAAAAGGUGAAGAAAAAGAAUCUGAUAAAGAAAUCAUGCAAGAAAGUAAAAAAUCAAGUCUCUUAGAACAUCAAGAAUACAAGCAGCCACCUCAGACAUGUGAAUCAGAGAAGGCAAUUAGAGAAAAAAGAAGAAUCAAGGAGAUUAGAGAAUUCUGGGAAAAAACUAUCCCUGGUCCAAAACAGAAAGAAGCUGAUGUCAGUAUUAAUGCAUCAGACAGCAGCAUGCUAAAAGGCUUCAAAGAAAGUGACAAAAUAAAACCCACAGCAGGAUACUUAUCCAAUGGAUUGCAUAACCAAAGCAGCGAUAUGUUACAAAGAACCGAAUUAAGUGACAAAA